UCUCAGGCGACGGGAUGGGACCAGCUGAUAUUUGGUGGGCGGGGAUUGGUGGGUGGAGUUUGGUCUGGUCCCGCCCUUAAGGAGUUGCCCAGCCGCGUUCAGAUAAUUUGGGACCGGAAGUACCUGGAAGUUGUUUUUCUCUUGAAGCCUUAACACCCCUUCCUAUCCCUGCCCUGAGUGUGAGCACGUUAAUAAUCACUUCCCCAAACACUACAGAAUAAAACCUCCAAGUGCAGAAAAGGAAACUAUGGCUUGGAGAUAGCAGGGGGCUAUUCCAAGACCUAGGCCUCAUCAUAUUCUCCUGGGUGUCUGUGGCCCCCAGGCAGCUGAGCAGAUCCAAGGACACCUGCCACUGAACUCCAAGCGUAUUGUCAUGCACAUUGCCUGGGAGCUCGCUAAAUUAAUAUUUUUUAUGAGUCUCAUAGUUACUUUUUGAGUAGCAUAGUAAUAUUGCAUUGUGUGCAUAUUAAAAGGGUUACCUUAUAGAGAGCAAACAUAAAGUAAACUAUAAAUCUUAUUGGAACCCUGAGUUGGGUGUUUUACAUACCAGUAACCUCAAAACUGGAAAUGACCUGGCUUUUCACCUCUGGCAGGCUCCAGGCCCCAACGCACAGGCAUAGGGGGAGGUGGGAGGAGCCGAGGUUCAGGGGCACAGGGGCAGGCAGGAAGAGCCUCAGAGAGGAAGGGGUGACCCCCCCAUACACACUUGGGAGGGGCCCCCAACCGCUCACUGAAGCUGAGUCUGAGGAGGAAGUGAGAGGAGGAGGUGAGGUAGAGCAGGGAGGUGAGCUGAACUGGUGGGGACAGGCUGGGCCCGGGGCCUGGUCUCUAUGGAAGCCUGGCCUUUAUGUCACCUCGGGGACUAGCCCACUCCCCAGUGAAAGAGGGCACAUAGGGGGCUUGUUCAAAUAUCCUGAAAUCUCCCUCUGAGGCCAGGCAGUGGUUGACUGGAACCCAGGCCCCAGGCUGGCCAGGAGCAGCCCCUCACAUUGAUUCUCCCCAGGUCUUUCAGCCAGUGGCAUUUUGGGGUCUUAGGCGCUAUGGCCCAGGCCCUGGGGGAGGACCUAGUGCAGUCUUCUGAGCUGCAGGAUGAUUCCAGCUCUUUGGGGUCUGACUCAGAACUGAGUGGGCCUGGCCCCUAUCGUCAGGCUGACCGCUAUGGCUUCAUUGGGGGAAGCUCAGCAGAGCCAGGGCCAGGUCACCCCCCUGCAGACCUUAUCCGCCAAAGAGAGAUGAAAUGGGUAGAGAUGACCUCACACUGGGAGAAGACCAUGUCCCGACGGUACAAGAAGGUAAAGAUGCAGUGCCGGAAGGGCAUCCCUUCAGCUCUGCGGGCCCGGUGCUGGCCUCUGCUGUGUGGGGCUCAGGUGUGUCAGAAGAACAGCCCUGGCACCUAUCAGGAGCUGGCAGAAGCCCCUGGAGACCCACAGUGGAUGGAGACCAUUGGCAGAGACCUACACCGUCAGUUCCCUCUACAUGAGAUGUUUGUGUCACCCCAGGGUCAUGGGCAGCAGGGGCUCCUGCAGGUUCUCAAGGCCUACACCCUGUAUAGACCGGAGCAGGGCUAUUGCCAGGCCCAGGGCCCUGUGGCGGCUGUGCUGCUCAUGUACCUGCCUCCGGAGGAGGCCUUCUGGUGCUUGGUGCAGAUCUGCGAGGUCUACCUUCCUGGCUACUAUGGGCCCCACAUGGAGGCUGUGCGUCUGGACGCGGAGGUCUUCAUGGCCCUGCUACGGCGGCUGCUCCCACGUGUGCACAAGCACCUGCAGCAGGUGGGCGUCGGGCCCCUGCUCUACCUGCCUGAGUGGUUCCUGUGCCUCUUCGCCCGCUCCCUGCCAUUCCCCACGGUGCUGCGCAUCUGGGAUGCUUUCCUCAGCGAGGGUGCCAAGGUGCUGUUCCGAGUGGGGCUGACACUGGUGCGCCUGGCACUGGGCACUGCAGAACAGCGCAUGGCCUGCCCAGGACUCCUGGAGACGCUUGGUGCCCUUCGAGCUAUCCCUCCCGCUCAGCUGCAGGAAGAGGUCUUCAUGUCCCAGGUACACAGCGUGGCCCUGUCAGAGCGGGACCUGCAGCGGGAGACCAGGGUCCAGCUGGCCCAGCUGUCCAAGUCAGCACCUGAGCCACUACCUCGGCCACAGGCCCGCCUUCCUGGGGCCCAGGCCAUCUUCGAGGCCCAGCAGUUGGCAGGGGCACGAGGGAGUGCCAGGCCUGAGGUACCUCGAAUCGUGGUGCAACCCCCAGAGGAGACCACGCCACCACGGCGCAAACCCCAGACUCGUGGCAAGACUUUCCACGGGCUCCUGACUCGGUCCAGGGGACCCCCCAUGGAGGGUGCCCCCAGGCCCCACCGAGGCUCUGCCUCCUUCCUGGACACCCGCUUCUGAAGGUGCCAUGGACUCAGUCCCCAGUCCCAGUCACCUGAGUGGCUGAUGCCAGCCCUGAAUGUGGGCACUGUACUUUACUGCUGGGAUUUGGUGACUCAUCUUUGUGCCCAGUGAGGACCGUGCCGAGUGGGACUUUAUGGACUGUGUCAGGCAUGAGAUCAGAGGUCACAGAAGGGGGCAUGUGGGGCAGGCUGGCCACCACCUGUGAACCUGUCUUGGUGCCUGUAUCAAAGAGCUGGAAGACGGUGGGGUGAGGCUGCUGGCUGACUAAGGGACCCUGGAGGGCUCCUGGAGGACCUGGAAUAAAGUCUGACUGAGCAGAUGCCUGGAUGGAUCGGCAGAAGCCCUGGCCCUGGACCUGCCACCCCGUCCCUCCUGCCCUCACCCACCCUCCACACCUGCCCUCUCCUUUCUGACUGGGGACUCCCGGAGGCUGCCCAUUGGCUUCUGGGGAAGCUGUUUACCAGCAAGAGAGCUGUGCUGGUAAGCCACCCUGCUCGGCCUCUUGGGGGCAGGUAAGGCUCCUGCACCUUGGGAGGAGGGCUCCCCAGUGGCAGCUGGGCCCAGGAGUGGGGGGCUAGUCUCUAUUCCACCCCUCAUUCCCCUCCCCCUAGGCUAGUUCAGGACUCCCUGGGGUGGAGGGACUCCCACCCACUUCCGUGCCCCCUCACCCAUGCUCCUGGUCCUGUCAGUCAGAGGGAGCCAGAAAGAACAAAGGCCUAGUGUGCCCAGGACAAAGGAGAAAGGUCCCGCCAGCUCUUGUCUCUCCCUAAGCCCCAGUGCUCCCCCUCGAGACCGCCACCAUGGAAACCCCCUCCCACACUCACUAAUUGCCCCCGUGGGUGCCUGGGGUGCUUGGGACAUGAGCCAUUGUCAAGACAACAGGACUGGUGCCCGUGUAGGCUUGUGUCCCCACAGUGCCCAUCCCCAUCUCCCUGUGGCCUGCCCCGGCAUUUCCUCAACAGGCCACGGGUAAAGAACAGAGCAGGGGCACGGGAGGAAGUAUCUGGAGGCCCAGGCUUCCAUGGGGUCAGCCCGUCACCGUGACUGUGCUGGGCAUUGGCAUGGCCCCUGUCAGAGUCCGAAACUGGAGCGUUCUGUCUAUCCACAGGCUGCAGAAAUGCACUCAACCUGUAUGUGCUGUGGCACCCACUAGGGGCCUGGCCAGGCCUGGGUGCAGCAGACCUGUCCCACUCCCACAGAGCCUGCUGCUGGAGGAGGGACUCCUGGAGGGCCAGACCCAUAUCUGUAGUUUCUCUGGGGAAACUGAGGCUCAGGAGUGGAGGAACUUGACCCAAGGCCUACGAUGACCCAAGAUUUACUCCAGGCCCUGCCCUUGGCAGCCCACGAACCUGCCCCCCUGGAUCCCCACCUUGGCCUGCCCUCCGGGACGUCCUCUGGGCCUCCUCACUCCCUUCCUGAGCCAGGCCAGGCUCCAGCUCUCCUGCUUGUGGGGCGGCAGUGGGGACCAGGGUCCUCCUGCUUUCCUCUUCCCCGCUCACUGGCUACCUGGGCCUUAAUAACAGUCUUACCUGAAGUUCUGUUCUCUUCUGUCCUUUUUUUUGGCAACCAGGAGCCCUUAACCACCGAGCCACAUCCGCAGCCCUUUUUUGAAUUCUGUUAAGAGACUGGGUCUCACUGAGUUGCUUAGGGCCUAAUUUGCUUGAGGCUGGCUUUGAACUUGAGAUCCUCCUGCCUCAGCCUCCCAAGCCACUGGGAUUGCAGGUGCAUGCCACCUCACCCAGCCUAGAGUUCUUAAAGCCCUUUCUCAGAUCUGCACCCACCCUGCAUUUUUCUACAGGUGGCCCCAACACAGACGGCCCCCAACACAGACGGCCUUACUAGAGAGAGGAGGCUCUGAGAUGCUGAGAGCUCAGCCCAAGGCCACAGCCAGAGGCAGAGGAGCUGAGUACAGAGCCUGAGACCCUAGAGGGGUCUAUAGGUGGCCCCUCCGGCUCUGUACAGAGGGGGGAGUCCACCCAUGAGCCACUGUCCUGCAGUUCUGCUGGGAGACCAGGGGAGGCAGAAGGCCAUGAGCUGGGGUGGUGAAGGCGUUCCUACACCCGCUGUCAGACAGGGUCACAGCGUGGGGGACGCUGCGCCAGGGCCGCACCAUCUGGAAACCAGAACCAUUAAGAAUGUUAAGUGUUUUGUUUACGAUCCUCAUGAUACGGAUAACAGGGCAUACGCCACUCAAUAAUAAAAGUACGCACUGCCUGAGAUCGCAGGAAAAUUCCCGGAAUGAGACCAAGGAUACAAGGGAGGGCUGGG